AUGGAAGCUAAAGAACUCGGCCUUUGUGCAUUAUUUCGAGGAGUUGACUAUGUAGCGAAAGCUUCGAAGCGACCAAGAGAGCAGAUAAAAGCUUUUACCUCUCUAGUUUCUAAUAAGACAACUCCAUGCCUUUCUAAGCUACUAGACUCCAUUAAGAACGUGUCAAACGAUAUAGGAAUUGAAGAAACUGCUGAAAUACUGCGUCUUCCUACAGAUGUUUUAAGACUUUUACUAAUAAAUUAUGGGGUUCGGAAAGUGGAUCGAGAGAGCAACAAAAUAGCUAUGGAUAAUGAAGAUUUCAAUGACCCCGAAGAAGAUGAAUCAUACUCAGAAGCUGAAAUAAAAUUCGAUAAAGAGCCGAAAGCUACUAAACACGCGAAUUAUUCUUAUCAAAUAAUAGACGAAGAUUAA